AGAUUUAAGCAUAAUUUGAAAAGGAACGAAUAUAGGGAGGGAAAGUCAAGGUGUGAAAAUCAUCAAUGGCGAUUAAACCAGUAAUCUCGUAUCCCAAUGCAACUACGACUCAAUUCACCACUAUAAAUUCCCACCUCUCCUCAUCUUCGCUUGCAUACAAUCAUCCACUAUAUUCAAUUUCAGUUCCAUUCCGGAACAGAAUAGCUUAUCUCCGUAACAAAACUCUCUCUCCUGCUCUUCAAUUUUUGUAUUCUUCUUCUAUCAAAACACCUCAAUUUCAGAUAAGAUCCUCGAUGACGAUCACUUCCGAAGUUAGGAUUAUUGAUAAUAAACUUUUAGUGAAAGAUAGGACGAUACUGACUAAUGUACCAGAAGAUGUGGUCUUGACUUCGGGUUCGGAAUCUGUUCCGGUUGGUGGUAUUUUUUUAGGAGCUAAGUUUGAUGAAGAAAACAGUAGGCAUGUAGUGUCACUAGGGAAGUUAGAUGGUGUUAAAUUUAUGGCUUGUUUUAGGUUUAAAAUGUGGUGGAUGGCUCAGAAAAUGGGAGAUAAAGGCGGAGAUGUUCCGUUGGAAACUCAAUUCUUGUUACUAGAGACGAAAUCCGGGUCUCAAGUUGAGGAUGAGACAAUGUAUGUUGUUUUUUUGCCUUUAGUUGAGGGACCUUUUCGAGCUUGUCUUCAAGGGAAUGUUCAAGACGAGCUUGAACUGUGUUUAGAGAGUGGUGAUUUGGAGACCAAGGGGUCUGAUUUUUAUCGUUCUGUUUAUGUUGGUGCGGGGACUGAUCCAUUUAGAACAAUUACGGGUGCAAUUGAAGCUGUUAAGUUGCAGUUGAAGACGUUUCGGCAACUUAAGGAAAAGAAAUUGCCGAGUAUCAUUGAUUAUUUUGGCUGGUGUACAUGGGAUGCAUUUUACCAAGAAGUGUCUCAGGAGGGUGUGGAAAAUGGUCUCGCUUCUUUGACUGCUGGCGCAACACCUCCAAAGUUUGUAAUCAUUGAUGAUGGAUGGCAAGAAGUAGGAGGGGACACUGAUCAACCACAAUCUGAAGAACAACAAUUGAUGAGACUAAUUGGAAUGAAGGAAAAUAGCAAGUUUAAGACAAAGGAUGAUCCUCCAAUAGGAAUUCAGAACAUAGUAAGCAUUGCAAAAGAAAAAUACGGAUUAAAGUAUGUUUACGUGUGGCAUGCGAUAAUGGGGUACUGGGGUGGGGUAAGGCCAGGAAUGGAGGGUAUGGAGCAAUAUGGGUCAGUUUUAAAGUAUCCAGUGAUAUCCAAGGGUGUAAUGGAGAAUGAACCAGGAUGGAAAGUUGAUCCACUGGCACUGCAGGGUAUUGGACUAAUGGAUCCAAAAAAUGUGCACAAGUUUUAUAAUGAUUAUCAUCAGUAUCUGGCAUCCGCUGGUGUAGAUGGUGUGAAGGUGGAUGUGCAGAGCAUGUUGGAGACUCUUGGCACUGGUUCAUCAGGUCGUGUUGAGGUCACUAAGAAAUACCAUCAGGCGCUUGAUGCUUCUAUUGCUAAGAAUUUCCCAGAUAAUGGUUGCAUUGAUUGCAUGAGCCACAAUACUGAUUCCCUUUACUGCUCAAGACAAACAGCUAUUGUUAGAGCAUCAGAUGAUUUUUUCCCUCGCGAUCCAGUAUCGCACACCAUCCAUAUUGCUGCAGUGGCUUACAAUAGUAUCUUCCUUGGAGAAUUUAUGCAGCCUGAUUGGGAUAUGUUCCAGUCUCUACAUCCAGCAGCUGAAUAUCAUGCAUCAGCCAGAGCUAUUAGUGGUGGCCCUAUUUAUGUGAGUGAUGCACCUGGGAAUCACAAUUUUGAUCUCUUAAAAAAACUUGUUCUACCAGAUGGGUCAAUCCUCCGAGCACGCUUGCCGGGCCGUCCCACCAAGGACUGUUUAUUCGCUGAUCCAGCCCGUGACGGAGUUAGCUUGUUAAAGAUUUGGAACAUGAACAAGUACAAUGGAGUGCUUGGUAUCUACAACUGCCAAGGUGCAGCUUGGAACAGCACAGAAAGAAAAAACAUAUUCCAUCAAACUCAAUCUGAUGCAAUAACUGGCUUUAUCAAGGGUCAUGAUGUGCACCUCAUUGCAGACGUUUCCAUGGAUGAUAACUGGAAUGGUACAUGUGCUCUAUACUGCCACCAGAGCAGUAACAUUCAUAUUCUACCUUAUGAUAUGGCCACGCCCAUUUCCCUAAAGAUUCUUGAGCACGACAUAAUUACAGUUACACCAGUUAAAAUGUUGGCACCUGGGUUCCAAUUUGCACCAUUUGGACUUGUAGACAUGUACAAUGCUGGUGGAGCCAUUGAAGGGCUUAAAUAUGAAGUGAAGAAUGGUGCUCAAUUGUCUGGAGAGACAGCUGAGAACCUUGCAGAAGCAGUAAUUUCAUUGGAGGUAAAGGGUUGUGGCAGGUUUGGUGCUUACUCCACAACCAAGCCAAGAAGUUGCACAGUUGGAUCGAGCAAGGUAGAUUUUACCUACGAUGCAGCUUCAGGUCUAGUUAUCUUGAGUUUGGAUUAUAUGCCCGACGAGAACCAGAAAGUUCACACUGUCAGCAUUGAGUUAUAAAUUACUCAUAUAUUUGUACUACGCUAAGAUUGAUGUUGCGAGAUUGACUGAUUACUGUUGUGAUAAUCUGUCAUUCCUCAGUCUCAACUGUCAGGUCUCGGCAAACUCUAUGCAUACAUAUGUAUCAUUCCACUGAUCUUUCCAGAAUCAUGUAACUUGUUAUAGAUUCACACUUGUCAUU